CAGAGAUGAGCCAGCAGGAUGGGAAUGGGGAGCUCCUGGUGAUCUGGGCACUUUCUCCUUCAUGUUACUGACCUGGGAGGAUCCACUUUAGGACAUGGAUUCCAAAGGAGCAAGAGGUACCAGGAAGCACCGCUGAUCUGCACAGACCCCCUGUGCCUGCUGCUGCCCCACAGUGAACAGGGAGCUGCUGAGGAGCUGCAUGGUCCAUCCCUGGAUUCUCCAAGCACUGACUCCCAUCCACUCUGACAAUCACAGCCAGGGACCACAUCCCACUGCCUGCCCAGAGUCCAUCCAUGGAGGUGACCACCGUGUUCCCAUCUCCUGCCUCACCCACUGAAGGGGACGAUCUCUGUGAGACAGAUGGCACCAACGUGGCCAUACACAGUGUGGCACUGCUCAUCUGCCUCUGUGGGCUGGCUGGGAAUGGGGCUGUCCUUUGGUUCCUCAGCCUGGAUGCUGGUAACCACGACAUCUUACACCUGGCUCUGGCCGACUUCCUCGUCCUGCUCUUCAUGGUCCCCUCUGCCAUCCUUUUCCUGGUGGAGGACAUGUCCUGCUCUCCUAUCAUGCCCUUGAUGUACGUGAACUUCCUUUUCCAGCUGUCAGAGGUCUCCUACUUCUGGGGCCUGUUCCGGCUGAUGCUCACCAGCUAUAUGGUCAAUAUUCUCGACCUGUGCAAACUCUGCUGUGGCUGCGACAUUCCCAUUCGCUUGUGGUGGCUGGUGGAUGGUGUCCAAUUCUGGGCCUUCUUUGCUCUCUUCACUGUCAUUCCCUCGCUGACUUCCCUGUGCCCAUCCCACGAACAGGGGCACUGCAGGGCAGCUCUCAUCUCCAUAUAUGCCACCAUCCUGCUCCUCUUUGCUGCACCCAUGGUCAUUAUCCGCACAAUCAAAAUCAUCAGGGCCAAAUGUGGCUCCAGGAAGCAGCAACUCAAUAUGCGAGACAUUGCUAUCUUCAUCAUUGUGUUCUUCACUCUCCUCCUUGUCCUUUUCAAUUUCCUGCAGCAGCUCGGUUACAUCCUUGUGUCCACCCAGGUUGUUACCCUGCUCAACUGCAUCUACAGCAGCAUCAAACCCUUCAUUUACUUCUGGGCAGGGAUGUGCUCGAGUCCCUGCUCCAUGGAAUCCCUCCGACUCUCCCUCCAGAGGGUCUGUGAGGAGGAGGAAGAAAACACUGCCGGCAGUGAUUAUGCCAUCACAGACACAGUGAUCUGAGCCUGUUGAUCCCUUCCACUGCUCUGCUGAAGGACCUCGGCACAGCUUUCCUUGAGUCACCUGAUGAAUAAAUAUCCACAGCAUCACCCUCCCUGUGCUGGUGCACUCCUGCAGGAGAAGGGAGCAGGGGCAUUGCCAGGGCAAUGUGGGAGGGAUGCUUUGCCAUGGAGCACAUUGGAGCAUGGCUUUCCUCCUCCCUGCCCUGCCCACAUGGCUCCAGGCAGUGCAGCUGGGCUCAGUGCUGUUCCCCAGCUCUAUUCCCCAUGGAAUGACCCUCAUUGCCUGGGCCCCAGGGAAUGAACUCCAUCUCCUUUGGCUACCCAGAUGAGUUUCUUGGUGUUUUGAGGGAUCUCUUGCCUGCAAAGGAUUUCACACAUUAAGGCCUGGGGACACACCCAGCACAAAGUGGUAGUGAUUUCCCAAAUCUCUGAGGGGCUGGUGCCUGUGGAUGGCAGGAGAGGGGUUGGGAUCACACGGAGCCUCCUUCCCCUUCUGUCCAGCAGAGCCAGCCCUGCAUUGCCAGCUGAUGGGAAGAGACACCAGGUAGGGCUGCAGAGCUGGGCAAGGACAGCAACAUUCCCUUGUACUUUCCAUGAGAAUUUGUCACAUUCUUUAAUUCCAGA